UGUUUCUGAAUCCUGUUCGGAGAGAGAGAAAAUGGUUGGACAUCUGGGAAUCAUUUGCUCCAGCUCUUGCUUUCUUUCUCUGCCUUGUCAUCGUCGACCCUUCUUGACCAAACGCAGACCAUUAGCUCUGGCAGCCAUGGGUGAUGAUCCAAUACGUGAGUGGAUUCUGUCUGAAGGAAAGGCUACAGAGAUUACAAGGAUUAGUCCUAUUGGUGGUGGUUGCAUCAAUCUUGCCCAUCGCUAUGACACUGAUGCUGGUUCUUUCUUUGUUAAAACAAACAGGACUAUUGGACCCUCAAUGUUUGAGGGAGAGGCUUUGGGUUUAGGUGCUAUGUAUGAAACCAAGUCAAUCCAUGUACCAAGACCAUUUAAGGUAGGAGCCUUUCCAACAGGUGGUUCAUAUAUUAUUAUGGAAUUUAUUGAAUUUGGUGUAUCUAGAGCCGGUCAGUCUGUAUUGGGGAGGAAACUUGCUGAAAUGCAUAAAGCAGGGAAGUCAGAGAAAGGCUUUGGCUUUGAUGUUGAUAACACCAUUGGCAGUACUCCACAGAUAAACACUUGGACAUCAGAUUGGAUUGAAUUUUAUGCAAAGCAUAGAUUGGGUUACCAACUGAAGUUGGCACGAGAUCAAUAUGGUGAUUCCACCAUUUAUGAAAGAGGUCAGAGACUGGUCAAGAAUAUGGGACCUCUCUUUGAAAAUAUUGUUAUAGAGCCAUGUCUACUCCAUGGAGACUUAUGGAGUGGUAAUAUCAGCUCUGACAAAAAUGGCGAGCCUGUCAUACUUGACCCUGCAUGUUAUUACGGACAUAAUGAGGCAGAAUUUGGCAUGUCAUGGUGCGCUGGAUUUGGAGGAUCUUUUUAUAAUGCAUAUUUUGAGGUGAUGCCCAAACAACCAGGAUUUGAAAAGCGAAGAGACCUUUAUAUGCUCUACCACUACUUGAACCAUUACAAUCUUUUUGGUUCUGGUUACCGGCCAUCAGUCAUGUCCAUCAUCGAUGACUACUUGCGGAUGUUAAAGGGCUAGAACAUGCCUGAAAUUUGCAAUUCUUAGUUGUACUAGUGGAAGUUAAAAUGCCAUGUUCUCUCUGUGUACAUGCACUUCUUGCUAAAGAAUUGAACAGUUUGUAUACAAGUUUGUAAUUCUUGGCUUGCGCAGCCUUCCAGUUUACCAUGUUAUAGCUUAGAAUUGUAGCGUCCUAAGCUGCAGAACCUUGUACUUAGUUUAUGGUCUGGGUGUAUAGUUGUUGAAUGUGUUUUAGUUGGUGACUUUGUUUUUUUGGAGGAAAAUUUUCACUCAACGCAUCAAAAAGAGUGACUUGAUUUUCUAUUGUUUGUCGAAUAA